AUGGUUCAAGAAGUGUUCGGCUUUGGUGUGGAUGGAAUUCUGCAGCAAUAUCAAACUUACCUGAAAACGUAUAUUCCGCCAAACUUUUCACAUUCGGCAUUUCUUAAACACAUGAACAAAAAUCGUUACAAAGAUGUUCUUUGCCUUGACCAUACUCGUGUUGUGCUCCAAGAUAAAGAUCCAGACGCUGAUUACAUCCACGCCAAUUAUGUCAAAGGCGAACCGCUUAUCAAUUCAUUCAUUUGCACACAGGCUGGUCACCUUUUUGCCUUUUUCGGGCCAAUGUCAGUAACAGUGAAUGAUUUCUGGCUUAUGAUUGUACAGGAAAGAGUUAGUUCUAUCGUUAUGCUAUGCAACGUUACGGAAGCGGGCAAAAAUAAGUGCUUUCAAUACUGGCCAGCCGAAGCUGGCUCAUCGCUUACAUUUGGAGGUUAA